AUGCGGGACCAUUUAGUGGGAAAGCCCUCAAGUAAUUUUAAACGUAUACAAAUCUUGUUGACAUUUACAUUUGGUUGGUGUCUCGUUUUUUAUGGUAAAACGAAUAAGCUGCCUCUCUUUAUUCAAAAACUAAAUAAAAAGCAGGCAAGAAAAUCACCUUGGAGAGUAGCUUUAGCUUCAUGGUUAUUAGUUUAUUUUUCACAAAAUAUUUUCUUACUUAUUGGUCUGAAUGCGCCUGAUCCACUUUCAAGAUUAUACAAGCGCAGCUUUUAUCGUGCUACUUGGAUCUUGACAGCCCUUGAUGCUGGAUUUUUCACGGCAAUGUCUUUUAAACCAUUAUGGGUACGUCAUAUCCUUUCUAUUGUAUUUAGUAUUUACUACCUUAUUUGCGCUGAUGCAGCAGAAGAAAAAGUUCGUAAGACUCGCUCCACUAUUUCCGUAGAACAAAUGCGCAUCUCUUGGGAAAAGGUGGCACAUAAUCCAAUCCUUAACUUUAUUUCAAGAAUAACACGUCCCUCUUUGUCGGUGAAGGAUAUCAUGACAGUGUCAAGGGUAAUAGAUCAACAAGGUCAUCAUUUACCUCCUAUUGAGGUUCACCGCUAUUAUGCAGCUCCUAAGGAAACGUUAAAGGAUCAUGAUACUAUCUUGGUUCAGUUCCCAGGUGGUGGCUUUGUAUCCAUGCCACCACCAUGUCAUGAAGAUGCGCUUUCUAUAUGGGCCAAUCAUACUGGAUUACCUGUCUUUAGUGUGAAUUAUAAAAAGGCACCUGAAUAUCCUUAUCCAUGGCCCAUUGAUGAAUGUUUUGAUCUUUAUGUAGCUAUUGUUCAAAGUAAAGGGAAAGUGCUAGGCCUUUCUGGUAAAAAUAAUGUGCGUAUUAUUUUAUUAGGGGAUUCUGCAGGUGGAAAUAUUACAGCAGCUGUCACAUUGAAAAUUAUCUCACAUAAUCAAACAUCUCUUAGAAACACUAUAUCCAUUAGUAGCACAAUACCACGUUUACCUAUUCCUUUGGGACUCAUUCUUAUCUAUCCAGCACUAGACUUUGAAAUGUCUUGUUGGAUGUCUCCUCUUCAUUUGAGCCAUAAAGAGGCCUGGGCUUCCUCACGUCUUGCCAUGACGAGUCGUAUGAGUUUCUUUAAUGAUCGUAUUAUUACUCCAGACCUUAUGCGUGCUAUGGCUAUCUUAUACUUAGGACCUCAUGCAUCUCCUGAUUUCGAUAAUGAUUAUUUGUUAUCACCUAUUAAGGCACCUGAAGAAUUAUUAGCUCAAUUUCCAAAAACGUUUAUGAUGUGUGGUGAAAAGAUCCUUUACAUCAGUCAUGCCUUCUUACAAAUGAUGGCCGUUUUACCAGAGGCACAUGAGGCGGCAAGAAUGAUUGGAGAUUGGGUAAAAGAACUUUAUCAAGAUGACAUGCCCUUGGUAGACAUGCUUCAUCGUAGAAAACGCAAUUAGUUACAGGAUUUUUUAAAAGAAGCAAAAAAAAAAAAAAAA